GUAGAAUCUAAAAGACAGUGUAGCUGCCAUAAGAAAAUGCACUGAACGUUUUGAGCUAAGCUCUGUUUCCAAGUGGGAACCAAUUUUAGUUUUUGUGUUAGCGGUUCCUUUUUGAGAGUUACACAAGGGCGAGAGUGUCUGAUUUUGAGCCACCGUGUGGCGACGUUUUUCCGUUUGAAUAAGCAAGUGGUGAAGAAUGCAAGAAUGCUUAUUUUGUUUCCUUUCUGAUAGCAUUUUUGUUUAUUGUUGAAACCGGAGUUUGAAGACCUACCUGUAUUGUCACGAUUUACGUUUUUCUUCGUUUUCUCCCUCGAGCAAAUGCGGCAAUGAGUUCUCACGGCAUGUGUGUGGAGAAGUUGAAUAAAUGCCCGUUUUGAAGAACUGCUUGUACGCCUGAUUGACAAGAGGGAGCUACAGUGAGAACUCAGCCAACCCGGCCCCAGAACAAGACGGUGUUCGGCAGAGCUACAAGCAAGUCACUUCACAUACCUCUUCCAUCGGACAGAUAAGAGACUGUACAUUCACCUGCCUACACAAGUAGCUACCUGAGUCCAGAGAGCUUUGGGUGCCAGUCAACAAUAAGUAAAACAUUUGAACAAGUUAAAUGUUUAAAGGUGGACUAGCCUCAAUUGCUGUAAAGGGACCUACAAGUGCUAAAUUGUGCAAUGUUAUGGUGAUGUGUGCAUGUUGUAAGGUUUAAGUGCGUGCUUAUUUGCACCUAGUAAUGUCUGAUUGAGGUGUGAACGACCAUUCAUAGCAUUUGAAAACAAGUUCAUUUGCGAACAUUCAAAGGUGUAGAACAACAUUUAAGUGAUUAAGUCAUUGCAAUGAAAAAUUAAGUUUAUUGUACAUUUAGUCAAUAUAUUAGACAGGUUGGUUGAUAAAGUAAAUUACAGGAGUCAGUAGUAAUUCAAGAUAGCCUACUGUAGUCAAGUGAUAAAACUAUAACAUCAUUACAUUAGUAAAUCAGAUAAAUACUGAGUUCAUGAGACUUCCUAAAAAUGGAUAGUGAGCAAGCAGAUAAAACUCUUAAGAGGGAGACUGAAAUAAGUGAAGGCAAACAACCUGCCCCAGAAGAUGCACUAAGAAGAAGUGAAAGAUCGAGAAGGCUCACUGAGAAGGGACAAGAACUCGAAGAGACUAAACUCAAAGGUCUCCAACAUCGUUUCUCACGUACCUAUGACAAGUGGAAGAUUCUUGCUAAGAAAUCAAGGAAGGAGAUAGAGGGAGCCUCUUCUCAAGAGAACCUACAAACUCUCAUCAACAAGAUAAAAGAAGCAUCAAAUGAUGUACAGCAGGCGUACGAAGACCUGCGCAAAUGCAUAAUCCCUGAUAAAGAGACGCGUCGUCGAACAGACACCUGCGACACUGUCUCAAGGCAGAUAUUAGAGCAUGCUUGGAACCAUCUCCAAGACAAAGAUAACGAGCAAGAAAUAGAGUGGUUUGAGACUGGCUCUGUGUUCUCAUUAGAAGUAUCAGAAGCAUGCAGUGCAAGCUCAAGAUCAUCACUCUCAAGUAAAUCGUCAUGUAAAUCUUCAAAAAUAAGUGAAGCUGCAGCAGAAUUAGCCGCAAAUGAAGCCACUUUGGAAGUCCAAGAGCAAGUGGAGCGUGAGGAACGUGAACUCAGAAACCUAGAAGCUGAGUACAGACAAAGGCUUGCACAACAAGAAGAAGAAUGUGCUGCAAAUAAACAGGUCUUGGAAGAAAAGCGCAGAAAGAUAGAACGCUUAGAGACCAUAAAAAAGAUGAAUGCCGCCAAGGCCAAACUAGAAGUGUAUAAACAAGAACAAGGAUCAACCUCAGACUUGCUGGAUCUAUUCAAGGAUUAUAAGCCCAAACGAGAAAGGCUUACAUUCGACUCAAAACCUGCUGUCACGCCACAAUUAAUCACAAGGAUGCAAUCUUCUAUAACUACUCCCAAAGAGGAUAGCACAACUGAUUUCGCCAAGGUACUAGCAGAGUCCUUCAGUGUAAGCCGUCUCCCAGCACCAGAGCCUGCUGUUUUCAGUGGAGAUCCACUAAAGUACAAGGGCUGGGAAAUGUCCUUUCAAACGCUGAUAGGCAGAAAGAAUAUACCAGCGAACGAAAAAAUCUACUACCUACAAAAAUAUGUUGGUGGACCAGCAAAGAAAGCCAUUGAGGGAUACUUCCUUCUGGGAACAGAUGCAGCCUAUCAGACAGCGCUCGAUGUCCUGGAAAAAAGAUAUGGAAGCUCCUUUAUGGUUGCUAAGGCUUUCAGAGAUAAGCUGGCCUCAUGGCCAAACAUAGGACCCAAGGAAAGCAUUCAGCUACGAGAGUUCUCAGACUUCCUUCAAGGCUGUCAAGCAGCCACGUCGCAAAUAAAGAGCCUGGAGGUCCUUAACGACUGUGGUGAAAACCAACGAAUGCUCUCCAAGCUCCCCGACUGGCUUACAGCAAGAUGGAACCGAAGGGUGACCAGGAUGGAAAAGGAAAAUGAGACUUUCCCCAGCUUCGAUCAGUUCGUGGAAUUCGUCACAGAGGAAGCCGAUAUAGCUUGUAAUCCGAUUACCUCCCUUCACGCUCUGAAGUCUGGAGAUGGUGGAAAGGAGAAGCCACAAAAAACACGAAGUGUUGGUGCUAAGGUGCUAGCAAGUAGCUCUGAAGAGAAAACAGAUGCUAAAGGAUGUGUAUUCUGUGAGAAGUCAAAUCAUGGCUUACAGACAUGUCGAAGGUUCUUGAAAGAGACAACUGCAGAACGAGUCAAGUUUGUGAAAACAAACGAGCUCUGCUUUGGAUGUUUGAAAUCAGGACAUCAGUCCAAGAACUGUGAGAAGCGAAGCAUUUGUGAGACAUGCAAAAGGAAGCAUCCAACAUGUCUACAUGAAAAUCGUCCAAGGGAAGACGAUAGGAAAGAACAAGAGGAUGACAAAAGAAAGGAGAGUGGGAGACGCUUUAAGAAAAAGGAAGACUUAUCAGAGUCUGAAGAGAAAGAAGAGACACCAGUAGAGGCAACAGCUAACAGAGUGGUGCAAGACAAGAGGAGCACCUAUUCCUCCACAGUUGUUCCUGUAUGGCUGUCCACAGCAAGUAAUCCAGAGCAGGAAGUGCUCGUAUACGCUCUAUUGGACAACCAAAGCGACACCACCUUCAUCCUGCAAGAAACGGCAGAAGUGUUAGUUACAAAGAAACAGCCUGUGCAAUUAAAGCUCUCCACGAUGUCAUCCAAAGAUACCGUCAUCCAGAGUCAGAAGUUAACUGGACUGCAGGUCAGAGGUUAUAAUGAGACAAAGAAAAUAUCUCUCCCAGUAACCUACACAAGAGAGUUUAUUCCUGCAAACCUAAGUCAUGUCCCAAUACCUGAGACAGCAAGAUCAUGGCCUCACCUAGAGCACCUUGCUGGAGAGAUCACUCCUUUAUGUGACUGUGAGAUUGGCCUGCUCAUAGGCUACAACUGUUCUCAGGCCCUGUUGCCCAGAGAAGUGGUGUCAGGAAAGGAUAAUGAGCCUUUCGCUCAACGAACAGACUUGGGCUGGAGUAUAGUUGGCUGUGCAGAUCCCUGCGUCGAUUAUGGAGAUGCAAUUGGAAGCAGCCACAGGAUCGUUGUGAAACAAGUUAUCACACCACCAGAAGUCAUUAAGGCACUCGAAUCAGACUUCAACGAAAGAGUAGCCGAAGAGGCUCAUAUCUCACAGGAAGAUCUACGUUUUCUAUCCAUAAUGGAGAAAAGGCAUCCGGACAAGAAAAAAAAGCUCAAGUCGGAGCACGCCAGCAGAGCUGAGCCGCAGAGUCAGUUGGAGCGCUGGAAGGAAAAAGAGCGAGCCGGGCCCGCUUCCGCCCACUUCCCGGGCAAUAAACUCAAGUCUCUGUCCGCCGCCAAGAAGCACGAAGACGGCCGAAAAGGUCGAGACAAGCGCUCCGAUACGGAUCACAGAGAAAGGGACCGCGCGAGUUACGACAAGAAGAAGCCUUCGGAGAAAAGCUCAGAUCACGGCAGAUCCGAUCGCUCCAAGGACUGUGAGCGAAAAAGAAAAGACAAGCUUAAAGAUGGGACGCUUUCCUCCACUUCCAAUCUGAAAUCACUUCUGGAGGAGAAGAAGUCUUAUCUCUCUGAAAGUGGCAAGUCCUCAUUCACAAAAUCCAAAGAAGAGGCAGCGGGGAGGAUGCCGGAGAAGGAUCGGGAGCGGAGGGAGCGAGACAGAGAUUCGGACAGGCACAAAGACAAGGAGCGCCACAAGGACCGUUCCCAGCAGAGCAAGGCCAACAAAGUCAAGCCCAGCGGAGACAUCAAGGUGGGAGAGAUGUUAGCAGAAGACACUGAAGUUCGAAAGGCCUUCGUGGGCAAGACCUUGACGACGGAAGACUCACUGCUUGAUCGCUUCCAGAAGUUCUCCAGCUGGAUGAUGUUAGUCAAAGCCAUCGCUAGACUCAAACGACGUGUCAAAGAGCUCAAGGGUCUGACAGAAAGAAUCAAUGAAGCCACGAGUCUCGAAGAAAGAAAGGAAGCAGAAAUCACGAUCAUAGGCAUUGUCCAAAGAGAAACCUUAUCAAAGGAGAUACAAGGUCUUCAAACUAAGAAGGACAUAAGCAAGGACAACAGACUAUCCAAACUAAACCCUUACCUGGACCAGCAAGGUAUCCUAAGGGUGGGAGGUCGACUGGAACGUGCUGCACUGCAUCGACACAUCAAGCAUCCAGCAGUCUUGCCUAAGAACAGCCACAUAACAACACUACUGAUCCAGCACUACCACCAAAGGGUGCAGCAUCAAGGACGUGGCAUAACAAUGAACGAGCUACGAUCAAACGGAAUCUGGAUACUUGGAUGCAGUCAAGCGGUGUCAUCCUACAUCUACAAGUGUGUCAAGUGUAGAAAGUUCAGAAGGUGUACGGAGGACCAACGAAUGGCAGACUUACCCCAUGAACGGAUGGAGACCACUCCUCCCUUUACCUAUUGUGGGAUGGAUUGUUUUGGUCCUUUCUACGUCAAGGAAGGAAGAAAGGAGUUGAAGCGCUACGGUCUGCUACUCACCUGUUUGUGCUCUCGCGCCGUACACAUAGAGCUGCUUGAUGACAUGACUACUGACGCUUUUAUCAAUGCGCUCCGCGCAUUCAUCGCUCUACGAGGAAAUGUUCGACAACUUCGAUCAGACCAAGGUACAAACUUUGUGGGUGCGAGACGCGAGUUCCUUGAAGCUGUAAAAGAGAUGGAUCAAGAGAGUCUAAAAGAACUUGGCUGUGAGUUUGUGAUGAACACUCCUUCUGCAAGCCACAUGGGCGGCGCCUGGGAAAGGCACAUCAGGACCAUUAGGAGUGUGCUGACAUCCAUCCUGGAUCAGUCUUCUCGAAGACUGGAUAGCUCAUCUUUGAGGACUUACCUGUACGAGGUAAUGGCAAUCAUAAACAGCAGACCUCUAACUACUCACCUUCUCAAUGAUCCCACAGGGCCACAGCCUCUAACGCCUAAUCACAUUUUGACGAUGAAAUCCUCGAUAGUCCUGUCUCCUCCUGGAAAGUUUGUGAAGGAAGACCUGUACUUACGGAAAAGAUGGCGUAGAGUGCAAUACUUAACUGAAGAAUUCUGGUCCCGAUGGAAGAAAGAGUACCUGUUGAACCUACAACAAAGAGAAAAAUGGAACAAGACGAAGAGAAAUGCAAGGAUCAAUGACAUAGUGAUUAUAAAGGAUGAAAAUACACCAAGAAAUGAAUGGAAGCUGGCUAAGGUCACACAAGUGUACCCAAGUGAAGAUGGUCAUGUGAGGAAGAUACAGUUAUUGAUCAGCGACUCAGAACUAAGUGACACUGGAAAACGAGUCAACAAGCAAACCUACCUGGAGAGACCUAUACAUAAGACUGUGACCUUGCUUGAAGCAGAAUGAGAGCCUCCAGUCUACCCUCUCUAGAGCCCCUCCCUAGCGCCAGCUAGCUUAUGACCUAAUCCUUAGUUAUAGUUACCUUAAUUAUACUUACCUCAGUUAUACUUGCCCUUUUUCUCUUAGUUCUACUCAUCUCAGAUGGUUGAAGAAAAUCACAAGUGAUUUGGUGGGAGUGUAGCUGCCAUAAGAAAAUGCACUGAACGUUUUGAGCUAAGCUCUGUUUCCAAGUGGGAACCAAUUUUAGUUUUUGUGUUAGCGGUUCCUUUUUGAGAGUUACACAAGGGCGAGAGUGUCUGAUUUUGAGCCACCGUGUGGCGACGUUUUUCCGUUUGAAUAAGCAAGUGGUGAAGAAUGCAAGAAUGCUUAUUUUGUUUCCUUUCUGAUAGCAUUUUUGUUUAUUGUUGAAACCGGAGUUUGAAGACCUACCUGUAUUGUCACGAUUUACGUUUUUCUUCGUUUUCUCCCUCGAGCAAAUGCGGCAAUGAGGUAAUCCUUAGAUGUUAGCCAUGCUAUGUUAUGUUAGCAAGAACAUGACGAAUGUGUUUUAAGUGCAUGUGCAGAUUUAAGUUAUUUUGUGUGUAACGUUUAUUGUUCUCUGUGAGAACGUUUUAUGUUAAUAGUCUUUAUGUCUUUUAGUUCUCACGGCAUGUGUGUGGAGAAGUUGAAUAAAUGCCCGUUUUGAAGAA